AGGACAGAGGUUCUCAAAUUUCUUUUAAAAAUAUUUCAGACUGUGAUGACACUGACUCCCCCUCCCCCCCACCCCCUGCUACUGAACAUAACAUCUGUGGCACCAGUGCACAUACCUACAGAACUAAGGAACCACACCAUGCCAUCCUUACUUUUGCACUGCUGCUGGUGCCGGUGCUGCCUUCAGAGCUGGGCACCUGGCCAGCAGCUGCCAUUCUAUGGCUGCCCAGCUCAGAAAGCAAGGAAAAAGAUGCUCUUGCAACCCCCCCUACAACAGCCUUGCCCUAUCGUGUUUUGGGUUGGGACCCCCAGUUUGAGAAAUGCUGCAUUAGGAAAUGGAAAUGUCAAUGGCCCUAGCACUUGAAGGUGUAGAGAUCAGUAAGAGCUCCCCACAAGCUGCCCUACAAAGUAUUUAUUUCAUGUACAGCAAUCUUUCAUGUUCCAGGAGAACACCCUGCAACUGGGGCUUUCCUUAGAUUUGUGUGGUGGACAUGCCCAACCCUCUUCUCUCUGUGAAUCUCAGUGUUCUUCCUUCCUUAUGCAGGGGGCUGUGAUGGAGGGCAUGUCAGGUCACUACGACUUCUACAUCGGACUAGGCCUGGCUCUAUCCUCAAGUAUUUUCAUUGGAGGAAGUUUUAUACUAAAGAAGAAAGGGCUUCUCAAGUUGGCCAGCAGGGGCUCCAUUAGGGCAGGUACCUUACAUCUUUAUUGCUGCAGUUGGCUGUACAGUUACGUUCCCACCAAAGGCAAUGUUCUUAUUGUCCAAGUAGAACAAUAAGAGAGUUUUCAGGGGCUCUCUACACAUUUGGAAAGAUUGAACUUCAAAAAGCUCUAAUUGCUAUUCAGCUAGAUGAUGUGAAAACAUUUCUGGCUUUAAUACAGCUCUUAGUCACUUUAAGAUCAGUCAGAAGGGACACAUUAUUUUCUUGAUCUUGGAGCUGUUAAUACAGUCGAAAUACCAGACUGCUGUAGUGUGUCUUGUAACCAGGUGCAGUCUAAUAUUGCACAGUAUUGUGAGCAAAGAGCUGGAGAAGUGCAGCAUUCAAAAUCUGUAGAGGGCUGGGACAAAUGACAAGAAUUUAAAUGAAUAGGGAAGAGAAAUAGAAAUACCUAAUCUGGACAGAGGAAUGGGAUGUGCCAUGGGAAGAUUUCAGCUCCAAGUCUGGCCCAGAUCAGUAAUCCAAAAACAUUACUAUCUGACAACUGCUUAAUGGUGUACUAUAUCAUGUGAGUUUGGUCUCAGUCCAGUUCUUAGUAGGCAAGUAUUUGCUUCAUAAAAACACUUACUUCAGCUGCUACCCUUGACGGUAUCUUCACCAGAGAUGGAAUAAAGACCAGACUAUCUCCUUGUGUUGUAGAUGUGAUCCUGGCAUGGUUGGGCACAUAGCUGAGGCAGAGAGGAAGAAGCAUGUGCUGCCACUGCCCAUGCUGUACUUAUUCUUGAGGAUAAAUUGGACUUCUGUCCCCAGGGAUGGCUACCCAGCAGUCUUCACCAGCAUCAAGCUUUUUUUUUUAAAGGUGCUAUAUCAUCUGGAAAUUGGCUCAUUUACAGAGGAGGAGGAGUGCUGGAGAAUUAGCCCACCCCUCAGAGGAAAAUUCAUUCCUUUCUUAAUAGGACAAGGAGGUCAUGCAUACCUGAGGGAGUGGCUUUGGUGGGCAGGACUACUGUCCAUGGGAGUUGGAGAAGCAGCAAAUUUUGCUGCGUAUGCCUUUGCCCCAGCAACACUAGUAACUCCAUUGGGUGCAUUAAGUGUUCUAGUCAGUGCAGUUUUGUCAUCCUACUUUCUGAAUGAGCACCUGAAUGUCCAUGGAAAGAUUGGCUGCAUCUUGAGUGUUCUGGGCUCCACAGUGAUGGUAAUCCAUGCUCCACAGGAGGAGGAGGUAUCCAGCCUGGAGUCAAUGGCAGAGAAGCUUAAAGAUCCAGGGUUUAUAGCCUUUGCGGUGUGUGUGCUGGUGAGCUCCAUUCUCCUUAUCUUCGUGGCUGGGCCCCGUUAUGGGCGGAGCAACGUUUUGGUGUAUGUUUUGGUCUGCUCUGCCAUUGGCUCGCUCUCAGUGUCCUGUGUCAAGGGCUUGGGCAUCACACUGAAGGAACUGUUUGCUGGGAAGCAGGUCCUGAAAGAACCGCUGGGCUGGAUACUCCUGAUUUGCCUGGUGAUCUGCAUCAGUGUCCAGAUUAACUACCUGAACAAGGCCUUGGACAUCUUCAAUACAUCUGUGGUCACACCUAUCUACUAUGUCUUGUUUACCACAGCUGUCAUGACUUGUUCCGCCAUCCUCUUCAAGGAGUGGCAACACAUGGUCCUACACAACAUAAUUGGCACUAUAAGUGGCUUUCUAACCAUAGUCUCUGGAAUUUUCCUUUUGCAUGCAUUCAGAGACAUCCCCUUCACCCCAGACCUGCUGCCCCUCUUUCUGAAGCAAGGAAGGGCAGACCAGCAUACUUUUUGGAGGGGAGCAGAAAAACACCAGUCAUGUCUACACCAGCCUCUUCUGGGCCCAGAGGACAUCUACAAGGGUUUUCAGAGUGUGGAGGAGGAAGGUGAAAGUGUGUAAUGACUCAUGAACCUGUUGCCUGGGAAAGCCUUGGAACUUCUACCCAAGAGCUUUCAAGUCUCACUACUGAGCUCCCCUUAGUGAGUUUGCUAGAUCAGACUCCACCAGCUACAGCUGUGUUAUUGGGAAUAAGUAAACAUUUACUGUCUAUUCUGUGAGAGUGUUCUCUGCUUUCACUGCUGGGGACCUGAAAGGCAAGUGAAGAGACCUGAUUGCAAUUUCCAGCUGUUAAGAACAAAACCUGGAAAAGAUCCCUACCAACACUGUAACUUGAGUUUCCUUUGUAACAUGCUGCAGCUGCUAUCAGGCCACAGACUUAUGUGGGAAGAGACCCGGCAGUAACACCACACUAAUCCUUACUGAAUGGAAGGACCACUCAGUUUAGGUGGCCUUAAAACAAAGCUUUUUUAAAAUAUUUUUUAAUAUUUAGAUUGUUUACAAAACAUUCUAGCCAUGUGCUGAGAUCCUUGUAUGUUGUCACUGCCCCUACAGCAACAAGGGGUAAUGUGUUUUAAGAUGACGUGCAUAGCAUGUUAUUUUAUAACCUCAUCUGAACUUUGCUCUCUGUCAGGUGCCAGCUCUGCUCACUGAGGUUACUGACCCAAAGCUAAAAGCAGAACUAGAUUUCCAAAACUGAUGACUCUUUAAUGUUGUUGCUGCCACUAAAUGAUGCGGUUUUUUGGAUCAGAUUUUAUUGUGGAGAGUGAUUCCUUCACCCCGGCACUUACCUUGUUGGGUGGGAGGGACUAUAAACCUGUUUUUGGUAAUCACCUAAAA